AAGAAGAGGGGGCAUUGCAUCGGUGAAUCACAGCUUCACAACACCGGUGUUACGGGAAGAAAAGAGAAUUCAAGUCAUCAUGGAGUCCUCGGCUCCUCCCUCAGGCAAACGGGGCAUGAUCUGGAAAAAAAUCGUUACGACCCGGAAAAAAAUCGACAAAGCCCAGAACAAAGUCAAGGGCGCGGCCUUCUUUUUCGUCGCCCCUCUCCUCGCCACUGAGAGGCCCGUGUUGGGAAACACGGCGUUCGAUCAGGUCACCGAGGAGGAGACGGUGGCGGCGUUCGUGUACAAGAUGGACAAGCCGUGGCUGCAGGCGAACGAGUUGAGGGUGGAGAUCCGGUGGGGCAAUGCCUUGUGGGUGAUCGGCGAGGGAGACAAGACCAUCAAGGUGAAGCUGCAGAAGAACCAUAAGAUGAGGUUGAGCCAGGCCACGGCUUCUAUGAGCGCCGACGGCGUGCUCACCAUCGUGAUUCCCAAGAGGUUGCGGCCUCGGAAGUGGUACGAGUAUAAGGACUUGGCAUUUAAUAAGUUCAAAACAGUCUGUGUUAGGAUUUCUUGGCCUUAAAGAAGUGUCAUAACACUGCAAGUGCUCGAACUGUCGAUGUGAUGAACCCUUGUUCUUAGCCUCCCAGCUUGUUGUUGAUCAACAUGGUUAAUAAUUUGAUCUUCUGUUUCUUUUAA